AUGGCUCCAAUACGUAGAUAUCUACGUAUUAGUAAAUACUCUGUACUUGAAUGUCGCAUCUACGUUGAUAAUCCAGCUUUGGCAGAAAGUUGGUUGUUAAAUUCAAGGAAUCCAAUCUUGCCCCGUGUCAUCGAGAAGGUUCGUCCACUGGUUCUGCCAAAGCUGCGCGAAGAGCAGGAAAGGAGUAAGUCAAAGGGGAAGAAGAAGGGCGUGAAGGAUGUUGUCAGUGACGAGGACUUCGAGGUAUCCAUUUUCCUGACGGAAACUAGUACGCGACAUUCUAUCCUUUUCAAACAAAAAAACUUUCGAGAUAAAAGCAAGAAAGACCUACAAUCGAAUUCCGACAAACUUACUGGUGAUACAAACGAUGCGCCAAUUGAAGUAGCUGAUGGCCCAGCUAUCGUGAGAGAAGAAAGUGAAGAGUCAAUCUCUCUACAAAACCUCCCCGAAGCAGGAGACGACUCCGACUUGUUUAUUAGUGAAGAUGAAGGGCCUCGCGGAUCAAAACGUUCAAGAAAUGGUCGGGAAUCCAUAGACUCUGAUGUUGGACCUCUAGCGAAACGUCAAAAAGAUGGGGAAAUUUUAGAGGAUGAGGAUGACAAGAAGAAAAUGGCAAUGGAUACCUCGUACGAUGGCUUUACAGUCAAUGGUCGCGUACUAUGUCUGGUAGUCAAGAGGAAGGACAAGAAGGGCAAAGCUCCGGUCGCAAUUGGAGGUCACGCAAUGUUGGAGGACUGGAUCACUUCUACGCAGAUGCCACCAGAGCUAGAAGAUGCUUAG